AAAAAUAAGAAAAUGGUAUGGCGUGCUCGAAACCGGGUUCGAAGAACAAGCGAGUUGCGCGUUGGGAGAAUCUAUCGUUUCUUCCCAACGCAUUUUCCUCGAUCUCCCGACUGCUGUGCCCGCCUCCGCCCUGGCGCAGGUGGCGCUCCAAGAGCCGGCGGCCCUCCAGACGUCGUUGCUGCCCGAGGUUUGCCCAACCCGGAAGGGCCCAGCGGCGGCGUGGUCAUCCCCUCCAGUCCGUCGAUACCGGCAGACCCUACCUGCGGCAGCGGCGGACAAAUCCACGAGUGGCGGCGCCUGGAGGCUGAACUAGCUGCGCGCGCUGUGCCGGACUGCCUGUGCGGUCGGCGCUGGCGGCUUGGGGUGCUGCAGUGCUGCUGCCUGAUAGCGUGCGUCCUAGCGGUGCGGCCUUGCGGCGCCGCGUCGGAGCGGGAGUGCGGCACGCCGGUGUGUCGCCGUGCGCAGGCGGAUUCCCGCCGCACACGCACUUAGAAGCAGCCAAGCAGGGUAGAAGGAGGAGGCACCUGCACAAUGACGAGGCAACAAGGGAUACCAGGAAGGGCAACCGGGCAACCUCUUGGGCCCUAGCAGUUUAUCAAUGGUAUUUGGAUAUUAGAGUAGGAAAGAAGUGGCAUUGGAGCAGUCUUCGAGGGCACAUCACCCGUUCUUGAGCAGGGUCUCGAGCGCCCCAGAGUCCAGAACCUUCUAGAAGCAUCAGGAUAGCUAGAGCAUCGCUCCAACCCUGGUGUCAACCAUGUCGGAGAAGCUGGCCCCCGAGAAGCGCCACGCCUUCCUGCACAGUGGGCAGAAGGUGUUCGAGUGGGACCAGACACUGGAGGAGGUGAACAUGUACAUUGAGCUCCCCAAGGGUGUGCCCACCAAGCUCUUCCGCUGCACCAUCCAGGCGGGCCAUGUGGAGGUUGGCAUCCGUGGCAACCCACCAUACCUCAACCACGAUGUGGCGCACCCCGUGAAGACAGACUCCUCGUUCUGGACAAUAGAGGAUGGUGAGAUGCAUAUCACACUGCAAAAAAGAGAGAAGGGGAAGACAUGGUCAUCUCCAAUACAAGGGCAAGGUCUCUUGGAUCCAUAUGCUGCAGAUCAAGAGCAAAAACGGCUUAUGCUGCAAAGGUUUCAAGAAGAGCCCUCCUUGUGGAGCAUGAACUCAUCAUCAUCCCUUCUCCCGGCUGGAUUGAAGCAAAUGAGCAGAACAUAUCUGCAGGAUGCAAUAGCCACAGUACAGCGCCCCAAUUCCGCGCUUGGAUUGUAGCAGCCACAGAAAGAUUUUACCAAGAAGAGCCGGCGGCUUGGCGACGACGAUGACCAACACUGCGGCGAACAUCAGUUUCUGCAACAGAUGGAGCCGACAGCUUCCGUUCCUGUCCCCCGCAGCAUCAGCCGCCAGCGAGCCCAGCCCCUCUCGCUCGCUUAUGCAACAGAUGGUAUGCAGCAACGAGAGAUGCUCGCCGCAGAUCCGGCCGGCCACCUGCAGCGACAUCGACGACUAGCGCGCUGCGAGGUCGGCUCGGCUGGGCGUGGCGCGUGGCGGCGGCGGAGGAGCGGGCCAAGGAGAAACGGACGCGGCAGGGAGAUACGACGGGCGUUGGGGACGAGCGGAGGUCCGGGGGAGGAGCGCAAGCCCGUUACCGACGUCCAGGCGAGGCCGCCGUCGCCGGAGCCGGGCGGGAAAGGCAGCUACUGGGAGGCAGGACUGCAGGAGGGGCUAUUUUGCAAAUAAGUUGGAUCGUGUUUGCACAUAACCCCUCAGGGGGGUAAAUGAAACUUAAUAAGGGGUUUUAUGUAAUUAAUUGGAUCGGGAUCAAUAAUCGCGAUCCGGUUUAGGGUGUUUUAUGCAAAGUAUCACGUCCCCGUCCCUAUCGA